AGCCCCGCGCUCGCCCCGUUCUGCUCAACGGGGCCCAAAGCCACGCCGUGCUUCACAGCGCCUCAGCUCUCACGCGAGAGGCCAGCACGCAGCAGCGUUUAUCCGUGCGGGACCUCCUGCCCUGCCGGGCUCACCCGUGAAACCGCGUGCCCCUGGUUGACGACACGCUGAAAACUCUCACGGAGCUUUUGCUGAAAGCUUCUUCGAUAUUUAUCGGUAAAGCAGCACAUCCAAACUCUAGGGCAGCGCCUUCUAGCAUCCACCCUUCUGGGGUCCUGCAGUGUCACAGCAAGUGGGCUGCAGCUGUGCUGCAGGAAUACACAUGGUGUAGACUGAAAGUCUACAAAAACGUCAGGCCCUUGUUGCACAAAAGGCAACCUUGCAGCUACCAUCUAUUAGCCCAAAAUAGCUCGGGCACCGCUGCUCCGUGACGCUCCGCAGACCAACAAAGGAGGCUUGCAGCGGCACGGCACACGGCGCGGCCAGAAGCUGAAUCAUGCCCUGCUCUGCCCCUCUCCUCUUCCAUCUGCCUCGGCCCAGUCCUCGGGGUACCUUAAAAGCACUCAGCGCGCCGCGUUCGGGUUAUACGCUGCGAUCAAUAGUCUACAAGGGACGGUCUGGAUUUCAUUACACCAAGGCUGGAGACGAGCCGCGCACCAGCACCCUCCGAUCCCCGCAGAGCCCCUGGGGCUGACGCGAGGGAUGGCGCAGGCUGCCCCUGCUGCAGCUCACCUGCAGCAAGAAGGGGACAACUCCCCGCACGGGAACUGCUAACCCGAGGCCAGAUUCCAUCUCAUUUUGUUCUUCUCCCUUACGGGGCAACGCUGUCCAAGGCCUCAAAGGAGAACGCAAGGUGCAAGGCUUCGGUUAACGACCGCAGCGCAGAAACCCAGCACCUCCGUGCUGGGGGUGGGCAGCAGCUCCCCCGGCGCUGGGGGUGCAGGUCUCGGCCUUUAGCUCCUCUAAAGCCUUCCACAUCCUGGGUGUUGGUUGGUUGGUUGGUUGUUUUUUUGCUGGUUGGUUUGGUUUUGUUUCUGAAACCAGAGAAAUCCUCCCAGAGACUUAAUUAUCACUUAAGUGGCCAAUUGAACAGCACGUGGCUUCAGUGCAGAACUCAGAACACGGAUGCAGCUCGUGAGAUUCUCCCGCAGGAUGAAGGAUUAUGCCACUGGAUUAAGUUACAGAGCAAGCGUGGAUAUCCCAUAAAGAUAUCACAUGAAGAGUGAGAAAGGUAAUUAACGCAGGAAACAAGGCCUGUCAUUUUGUCGUGAUGCUCCAAACGCCUCCUCGUCCAGCAGCUAUGAUCACUGCUGUCUUCAACAGCGCAUCCGCUCCCAACCUAGGACCUGGAAGUCAGACCCUCUGCAACUCCUGGUCCCAGGAGCCAAGCUGCCCACAUUUCACAGCCCAGACCUUCUGUAACACUCGUGGUUGUUGUGUCCUUCUGCCAGAGCAGCCCUGGGUCCUUGAGCUCGCUGCCGAGCACACCAGGACAUCAGCCUGCACGCUGGGAGGAGCUGGGCAGGGUGAGGGUCCUUCCGUCUCAGCUGCUGCGGAGCUUCCUGAGGGAGCAGGCAGCUACCCUGGCAGCUCGGGGACAAGCACUUGCAAGCUGUGGUCCGUAUGCGAGUUACUUCUCCUUCCCCAUCGCUCCAUCUCCCCCGAGCACAGGUGGGCUUUCACCAGCCCCUGGGCAGUUGAGCUGCAACUCCUCGGUAGGAUAAGUAGCAUCAACAAUUCUGGGGCAUCUGGCCAGUCUGGAAGCGCCCUCCUUGGCAUUUCCCCCUCAGGCAGCGUCUCUCCUGCACCGGGCAGGAUCACAGGCUCGGGGCUGGGCUCCGUCCUCGGCAGGUGGGGGUCUCCAAGCAGUGCUGAGGAUGAGGCAGGUCGCUGGCCUCCCGUCCCCUCCUGCUGCAGAAGCCGGCAGUCCGACAGCCGCCCAGCUCGCCCACCGCGCUGCGGCUCUCCUGCCCAGCCACUGCUCUGCCAGCCGUCAGGCUGUCCUGGGAGAACCAACGCCACACGCAGACGAGCUUCCCCUCCACCAGGAGCAGGGACAAACGACCCUCCUACAGCUUUAGCUGCACAGCAAAAAUGUGCAAGUUUUGCAAAACGCGCUAGGGUGCAAGAAGUACGCAACAACUGCAUUCCACAAGCACUGCAGAAGGGACUUCGUAGAAAGGAGCCCUGGCCGCUAUGUGUGGCUGCCUCAACCGCUGAGAAUUCCUAAAGUAGGGAAAAAAAUCUUAAGACAGCCACAGAAGAUAAACACUGAGGGAAGACUGGCCCCUGCAGCACAGAGCCACCCCAGCUAUGAAGUGCUGACCUCUAGUACCUCCUGUGCAUGACGGGCCAAGAAAACGAUAGUCCUCAAGAAAACGCCUCCAAUCCCAUGGCUAUUUGUUAAAGCAAGUGAGACAGCGUUCCCAUGAGCCGAGAGAUGGCUGAACACUCGGCCCAAGGAAGAGCCCAAAGGAAGCGCAAGCUCCCAAGAGCUGAUGCACUGGGACAAAACAGCGGAUUUCACGUUAACCGAGAGAAGCAGCUUCAGGAGCCCAGGCCACCGCCGUGAAGGAGGAUGAGACCACAGCACUUCGCACCCGGUCUCCGCAGGCACAGGCACAGGCAGCAGCCACCUGCACACCUUCAGCAAGAGCCAAGAAGUCUCUGCCCGCACCUAAUGACAGGCGACCAAAGGCACCCGGCAGGGUCGAGGGGAGCGCAGUUGUGCCCGAGGGGCCGAAGCCCCCCCAGGUGCCGAGGGAGAGGGGCCGGGAGCUGCAGCCCGGUGGGAUCUGCCCGUCUGCACGGGCAGGCAGGACACAGCUCCUGUCCACAAAGCUCUCUACGGGCAGACUUACAUUUAUCCGGACAGUUAACGUACCACGUUAGCCCAGUUUCCGCAGUAAUAUCUUUCACAUGAGCCUGGAUUAAAAUUACGUCUUUUCAAGCAAUUAAUGAUUUUCUGCUGUUCACAGGACAACGGCUGCCUGCGGCGAGUGCCCGCAAAGGGAACGGCUGCUGCAGGACUGGCCGGGCAUCCCCGCAGGGUUGAGGUCGCUCCGUGCUUUCCACGCACACACAUCCUGCUCCCGAGGGGCUGCGCGGGCUCUCCCGCCCGCCGCCUGCCUGCAGCAGCCCGAGCACCCCGCGCCUGCAGACACAGCCUGAGGUCAGAGCCCAGCCGGGCCUGUCCCUCCAACACUGUGCUCAGCAGUGAGGCUUUGGCCGCAGCCCGCACCAGAAAAACGAACGCCUGUGCCGGGAAGCAGUGACCUGGCAGCAGCUGCUAGAUCUGUAAGGACACGGCCUUAUGAAGGACGGUCACCCCUUCAGCUCGUGCCUCAGCACCCACUUUUAGUGCUGGUCCAGCUGCAGGCCACUCUCAGUCCCAGCGGUGCCUUUCCAUCUCCUGGGCCAAGCCGUUUUUCCUAUAAUGGAUUACUGAGCAUCCAAGGCAGUGACAGACUCACGGAUUUGUGGCACUGAAGUGCAGUGCAUUGGUCUCAAGCCCUCUGCUCUUGCGCUGGCCGCAGUCACCCUCCUGGCUUGCACUUGGGUUUUCGCUCCCAGCUCCGUUCCCAGUUUGCAGCUGCCAGACCCGCUGCUGGGGACCGUGCCUGCGCCUGGCAAACUGUUGUGCAGGAUGAGGGCUGCUGCGACUGCCUUGUGCGAGGACCUGCUCAUCACCAGGUCUGAUUCUGCUCCCCAGAGACUAUUUGAGGACCUGCGUCAGCCUCCUGACCACGUCCACACUCUGCCAAGCUUCCCGAUAACGAAGAACCUGGAGGCCAAGUUACAUCCCCAACCCGCCAGUACAAGGCUGGCGCGCCUGCCCUGUCGCCAGCCACCUCCCUCCUCUUCAGUUUUGAUGAUGACUUCAGGGCCAACCAAAAACGAGCUUACUCUGGGUCAGCACAGUCAGCCCAUUAGUCCACAAAGGGCUGAACUGAUUUUCUCUAAAGGUCCCUUCCGGCCCAAACCAUUCCAUGAGCUGCCAAAUCAGACAGUUCAGUGUCUACAGAAACCAUUCCCGGGGUAGGACACACCCAGUACCCAAGCCUCAGGGCCUUCAGGUCCCCUGUAUCUGGCUACGACCCUCACGUGGAGCUCCUGCGGAGGGUAACAGGUAGCAAACAACGCGGACACCUUGCAGAGCCAGGGCCAGGCUCCCAGCAGCAGCCCCUCUGCCCAGCAGCGCUCCCACCGGGUGCAGGCAGCAGCUCGAGGCUUUCCAAACGGCAGUUCUCAAAGCACUAAUAGCACAUGUUCAUGAAGAACUACAGAGUUUCACUAACUUGAGCGUGUCACAGUAAAAUUUGCUUUGGAUCAGGAGUUGAUUUUAUACAGAGAUGGCUUUUAAGUUACGGGGAGGCACGAAGCAGCUGCUCGGGGGCAGCCCCUCGCCGGGUGCCCCAGGGGGACCAGACAGAGGCUCGCCUCCAUUUCGCGGUCUCAACCAACUGUUUCUCUUCAGGCACAAGGCCCGCACACACAUUAAGUGUUCUCAGACAAAAGCAUCCUUCAUUCAUGGCGGUAAGCCCCUUGGUGAACAAAGUGCCAUAUAUAUUGCGAACGGAGUCACAUGAAAGCUUACACAGAUUUAACGUUCAGUUAAGAGAAUUAAGGAUAUUACAGUAAGUGGGGGAAGGCAGGAGCUGCUCUAAUGAAUCAACCCCUCUCCUAAUGCAUAUCCAGACUAUACACAUUUCUUCUCCAUCCAGCACGGAGCUGGCAACACCUUCCUCCGCUGCCCUCGUAAGCAGGAGGAGGAGAUAAGAAAACGCGACUUCACGACUGAAAAGAACGACGCUAGAUGCCUCAGAGCUGCCCUUUAGAAACCAUUCAGCAAUACCCAAGAGAAGUUAUUUAUACGAGAGCCGUGCAGAUUAACAGGGAGCUCCUAGCACCACCACAGAUUACAAGAUUGCUGAAUCUUAUCUCGGUUCUGGAGCCAGCCCAGCUCGUGCUAACUUCAGCUCCUUUCCGUGGUACGACCAGCUUGUGGCGCCAGACGCUGCUCAGCUCUGUGCGCUGGCCCUUCCUUUGCUAACAGCAAAAUAACCGACCCUGCAACCCCACAGGCCUCGCCACACGUCCCCGUGAACGACCCCGGAGGCGCUGCCGCUGCCAUCAGCCCGCUGGGCGGGAGCGGUGCUGGCAGUGCAGGCACCGGCGCCAGCUCCACCGAGACCCUUUUGUAGGACACGUUUCCAGCAGCUCAGAUGUGAGGCACGCUUUAUGAGGUAAUCGGAUUACUCUUUCCUUUAAAGGAUUAAUAGGGCUUGGGCUGGCCCCUCUUCUUUAAAAAGAAGCCAUCUGGAAGCGGAGCGCCCCGCGCCCUCUCCAGGCUGGCAGCGGCCAUCUGCUGCCCCAGCGGAGAUGUGACUGCGAACAGCAGGGGCCCGCGGCCUGACGCGGCGCUAAGCGUGGGGACAGGGGGCAGCGGAACGAGAGCAAGCACACAGCAGAGCAGGAGAUGAAGCUCACUGCAGAUCUGUCGUACUCGGCUCAAAACAAAACACUUAAAAUCCAGCUCCAGCACGCCAAAUGCCACCUGGAAUGAUGAAGGGGACAGGAGUGCCACCGGCGUGGGAACAACAACAAUCCAAAAAGCAGGCAUCACGCCGGUACAGGAUGGGUGAGCUGCGGCUAGACAGCACGAUGGAAAAUAGUUAGCGGCAGCAGCACCUGGCUGAGGCGUACGGGGCACAGCACCGAGCGCGCUCCCACGCCAGAGAAGGGCUCGCUCCCAUCCACGCCUGCAGCAGUCGCCACCAGCUGCCUGCCCGCGGGACCGGCCCCCUGCCGUCGACCAGCCGAGGACUUGCUCCCCGCUCCGCCUGACCCGGGACCUCCGUGCCCGGUGCUCUGCAGGGCCCAGACCCAGCAGUGCUGGGCACACCUUGUUUGAGCGUUUCACCCGCGAGCUGCUGCCCGUUGAGCCCAGAACGCGCGGGUGGCUCGUCCCGCUGCCAGCAGGGGCACAGCUCAGCCACCACCGCGCAGCUGGCACCGCGGCGCUGGCCGUGACGGGGCCGGGCUGCAGAAAGCAGACGGACUGCACGUGACCAGGUAGGAUGUACAACGGCCAGGACUCAGCCGGCAGAGAAGGCAGAAGCGUGUUGUGUUCAGACACUGCCGCCCUACCCCACUAUCAGACGAGCGUGGCAGAGCCCGUGGCGUAAAGCCAUGAAAGGAGGAACGCAACAGCAUCUUUGGGGCACCCCAUCAGCAGCUGCGUUAGUGCCAAGCAGCCGAAGCGGCCUCCAGAUUCCUGCUCCCAACCCCAGGGCAGCUGCAGCGGCAGGACCCCGGGCUGUGCUGGAACCCCCAGGGGCUUUCCCCAGGAGAGCGGCCGCGGUGCGCAGGAGCAAAGGGCAGAGCAGAGGCCCAGGGAAGGACGCGCGGGGCGGGCAGCGCCCAGCUGUGCUCCCAGACACCGGCAGCUCGUGCACCCCCGAGUAAAACACGUUUCAUGUGCACUUUGUAUUCCUUAAGAUUUAUCUUCAGGGAGAGAAUCUGCCCAGCCCUUCUGGGCAGCCCUAAGCAGCCUCAUCACACCAGUGCCCCGAGCAAGAGUGCCCCAGCUCCGUCACACCGCAGGACCCAGCGCUGCCGGUCGCUGGAAGGUGACCCAGCCAUGACGCCUGGCAUUUCGGCAAGAGGGGAAACAACACUGCUGACCUGACCGCAUGCUCAGUGAAACGCCAGCUCGGGUAGCACCAAACUCAUUUUGCUCUGAGAACACUCCUACUGCUUCCAAAGCAGGCACCAGGGGACUCCUCCUGCCCAGCACAGCAGUGGUUUUGGCAGAGCAGCCCAGGCUGGGGCUGGCAAUCCCUGCUGAGGAUGCGGAGGGGACGCCUGGACCAGCCCCAGCAGCUUGAGCGAGGGAUGCGUGGCUGCUGCCCAUGAGAGGGGGGAACCCCCCGGCGCCCUCGCAGCACCCCAGGGACAAGAAUCCCCCCGACCGACACCGAAAGAGCAGCAAAACCAAGGCAAAGGGUACACACAGAGAGGGGGACAGUAGCUCGGAGGAUAAGGACCAUCUGGCACAACAAAGCAGCAAGCAGCAGCUUUUAAUACGAUUAAAUCUAUAUUUAACAUGCAAAGAGCUACCUUAAUCUCAUGAAUAAGGAUUUACCUGCUAAUAACAUUAGUUAUUUUGUGAUCGUACCAACUGGACCACAGUUUUCACACAGUUGUGCAAUGUCAAGAGCUGCAGAGGAGGGGGUUGGAGAGCUGACAAGUUUAUUAAAGGCUUUUUAAAGGCUUUUGUCUGAAAAAUUAAAUUCUCAGGUGACAUCUGAAAAAACAUGGCAUGGGUCUGUCCCUCUGCAGAAAGCUGCGACGUACCCGUCUGAGCCCACCUCCACACAACUCUAGUCAGGAAGAGCUCUCCGGACAGCUAUUAGCAUACAACCACUUUUAAAAGCAACACACAGCCAAAGCUCUGAGCAGAUGGCAGCGCACGUACGACAACCCACAGUCAGCCCAACUGCCUGGAAAACCCAGUGAAAGGGGGGCUGGAAAAUAAAGAAACAAAGCAUUCCAAACGAGAGUCCUUCCCAUCAACAGAGGCACGGAAAAGAGCUGGAUACAAGUACAAGCUGCGUGCAAACCACCAAGGGUAAGAGGUAGCGGGACUGGACAAGGAGGACGAGUGCGUGCACGCCUGCCCAGCCCCGGACACGAGCAGAGGUUUUGGACAGAGGCUGUGGAAAGGGUCAGAGAGGGAGGCCACCUGGCAGCCGUCCCUCCCAGCCACCCCUCUGCGGCUCCUCCCUACGCCUCUGCGCUGCCCCUCAUCCAAGGACCUUCCGAAGGAGGAGCAGCGCUGUUGUUUGGAUCACCUCUGCACCCCAAAACCAGAAUGGAAGCGGCUGGGAACUAAAGAUCCACAGCAGAGCCGCUGACGGCGCAUCCUGCGCGCGGAGGACUAGCAGGCGGAGAACACAAGGGGAAGAAGAUGCCACCAGCGCAGGGCCCUGCAAUGGAAGGGACCAAUCGGCCAUCACACGCCAGCAGCGUCAGCCUGCAGGGAGGCAGCAGCCAGACGGGCCGCAGGAGGCCAUCACGUCACCUCUGCCGCAGCAACACCAGCCCUGGUCUCGGGGGCUGAAGGCGGGCAUCUGGGGGGCAUCUGGGGGGCACUUCUGCACGGCACCGGCACCAGGGCCGAGGCAGGGCUCGGGCUUCAUCGCCUCCUCCCCAGGGUGCGACCAGAGCAAAAAGCACGCCUCGCAGCGCCCAGGAGCCUCGACCUUGAAGCAGGCGGACGCGGCACGGCUCCACACCACAGCAGCCCCCCCGCCCGCCCCCCGGAGCGGCCUGGCCCGGGCACCCUGGCGCAGGGGGAGCUCGGGGAGCACCGGCGGGGCUGGGCGCAGCCGUGCCGCUGCCGCUGCUCCUCCUCGGCCCCGCACGAACUCCCCAGGGAAGAAAAUCUGGGACUUUGCAGGGAACAAGACUUUUUUUCUUUUUUGAUCCAAAAGAUCUUCAGGGCCUGUCUUACAAAUUACGCAGCAAAGAUGCAUAUGGGGAAAAAAAAAAAGGCAGCAGCAUAUCUUUGUUCUCUGCCAAUGCUUCUCUAGAGACCACCCCCUAGGGCUCAGCAGCGCGGCCGGACGAGAGGAUCACCUCGUCAGCCCCUUCCGAAGUCCCGCCACAUUUCACUUGCAGCGUGCUCAGCGCGGAUCUUCUGCCACCGAGACGCCUUUCGGUGCCAACGAGGAGCAAGUGGCUGUGCAAGAUAAAACCACUUCCCUGCACCAAACCGUCCUGAGGCUGCAGCUAUACCCAGUUACUGCAGCAGACAGAUGCUAACGGCAGGCUUUGCCGAAAGGGAACAAUGGGAAAAAAACAAAUGAACCACUGAGGCAGAUCAGCGCCUGGCAAGCUCGUUAUACCACGGCCAUCCUGGCACUGGAAAGCCCCCGCUUUGCUGUCAAGCAACUGGAAAAAUCAAAAUGCAGGCAAAAGCCUCCAGGACGUGCCAUUUUCCUGACUCCGAACAGAAAUGGAGCACAGGGCUGCUCUCCGUAGCUGUAUAAACAGGCAGACCAAAAUAAUUCAUGUCACCAGAGCAGAACACAAGAUUAUGUGAAUCUAUUGUAAAUCUCUUGAGUAGUCUGAAAAAAAACAAAAAAAACCUGCCCACUCAGGUAGCGUUCCCUUGUGCAGGGUCGUUCUAAGCGAGUUCUAGCAUUUUCCUCAGUAAGGAAGGCAGGGCUCUGUAUUUCCUCACCGCGCACAGCCACACAGGUAAAGCGUCUGAAGGUUACUUCAGAACUGGCACAGCACGACUGGAGGAGCCGAGUUCCCUUUGGAGACCCCCAAGGACAGCCGGGAGGACGGACGCACACCUCGGCCUGCCCCGCGCGGGGAGCUGCGCCGCACCGCGCCGUGCCAGCGGCCAGCCCGCGGCACCCUCCACAGGGGCGCUCAUCGCAGCGGGUCCGGGCUAAGCCUCCAAGCCCUGUGCACGAGCAGGCUUUGAGCCACGGGGUGCCCACCAAAUGCUCACGUACACCUUCCAGCGAAUCCCCGCAGGCGCCCGGCCCCGGGGGCGCACACGAUGUCACCCUUCCCGUCCCGUCCCGUCCCCUGCUCUGGCCACCGGCACAUCACCGCGUUUCUGUCCUGGAGCAACAGAACCUCACCCAAGGCGGCCGGUCCAUAAAACCGAGGGAGAUCAGCCCUGGGCAUCCGUUCCCCUCCCUAACGCUCACACUCUUCAGAAGGAGAGCGCCGAAACCUGCCCCGCUCCGCGACACGGCUCCAACAAACAGAGGCUGAAGAAGCACUCUAGGGCCGUACCGCCGGGUCGGGCACAGCCGACAGCCAGGCCGGCAGCAGCCUCGCCGGCUCCUCCACGUACCGACUCCUCCAGCGACCUCCCGCAGCUCCCCGCGCCCCAGCCAGGGGCCCGGGGCACCUGCAAAGCGCCGCCAGGCGAAAACAGGAGAGCGGCCGCCUGUGCUUGGUGGCGCGUCCCCGGCACAGGAGGCCACGGCCCCCGAGGGCGCAGGACCCCAGCGCCGGCCUCCUGCACGCCGGCAGCCUCCACCCCGCGGGGACAGCACCCCGUCAGCAACAGCGGCACCUAAAGGGGUUCUGGCUUCAUUUACCCCCCGACUCCCCGCCACCUGCACGAACACAGGUCAGCCUCACGGCCUGUUCUUCACUCGAGUCAUUAGACGUUACAAUUAACGCAGCAGCGUUAGUAACACGCGGGUAUGCGUCACCUCCAGGAAGUACUGACGCGAGCCGUUAACGUCUUCCUCACGUCUGUGAUCUCACUGAUGCCGAAAGAGAGAAGUUAAUGCGAUCCGACCUAGCAGAAGUAGGUACGCGUGUAUUCAGUCUCAAAUUUAAAAUUAUAAUAAUUUUGUAAAUCUGUCAACUAAGCUUUCUUUUCAAGAAGCAGGUCGGAAGCUCGCUCGUCUCCCAGUGUCCCUGUGCUGCGCCCUCCCCUGCCGAGCAGGUCGGGAACUCCGCAGAGCAUCCUUUCAGCUCCCCGGCUGUGCCGAGGCCCGAGCCUGGCGCUGUCCAGCCCCACUGCCCCCCUCGGCUCACACAAGGCACAAACCGUGCCUCGAAGGCCCAGGGGCUCCUCCGCUGGGAUCUGUGGGGCUCUAGGAGACGACUUCUAGCGACACGAAACCCAUCCUGAACACAACGGCAACAACAGGACCGACUAAAGAGGAAGAUCCCUAAGCUGCGGGUCCUUUCAGAGCAGGACUUCCCAACGCACGGAACACCUGAGAAACCUUUUUACAGUUGUAUCGGUACGAGUACAAGCCAAGGACUGGCACACGGAGGCUACAAGUCACUGCCUGGCAGCAGGCGCUGCCUCGGACGGAGCUCCGGAGGCCGCGGGCAGCCCGAGGGCGCAGCGACCGAGCGCCCCGCGCAUCUUGUACCAUCGUCCCCAGCUCGCGUGGGGCUGAAUCGGGGUGUAGGAGCCGCGCUCGUGAAUCCUCGCGCUGCCAGAUCGAUGCCACGAUGAAAGAGCUUUUCGUGGCUGUGUGGCCGCGCCACAGAGCCUUCCGGAGGGUCUGAGCUGAGGGAGCUCUGGUGGUGGGAGAAGGGCGCUCUCGAGGCGGCCGGGAGAAAGCCCCGUUCCUCCAACGCCUGCGAGCGCCGCGCUCCUCCACCUGCUGGUCUCCGUGCGGGGCAGGACGGCCGCCCCGAGGGCUGCCCCAGCGCCUCCCUGGCGGCAUGCAGAGGACGCGCAGAGGUGGUGCUUGGGGACGUGGCUCAGGGGAGACUUGGCAGUGUGAGGUUCACGGUCGGACCUGCCCAUCUCAGACGUCUUUUCCAACCUAAAUGAGCCAGGAGCCACGCAGAAGGGGAGCCCCAGCACCGCACAGCCACCGGACAGCGAAGGCCGCCCCCAGGGCGCUCAGCACCGGGACGCCCGCUCGAGCAGGGCUGAAGGGGAAGGCCGAGCCUCCAGAGCACGGCGCAGCUACAGCGAUGCGCAGGGGAAGACCCCAGACCCUCGCCACAGAGGACGCAACCCGCGGGAUCCCCCCGGCGCUC